AAAUCCGUGAAGCAAUUCAGUCAACAAAAAUGAAAUUAGCAAAAUCAAAAAAAUAUUUGACAAAAAUGUAUUUUAUUCAUCUUAAAAUGUGAAAUAGUGUACAAGAUUGUAGUAUAGAAAGAAAGAAUAAUAUGAAAUAGGAUAUUAGAAAGCGAAAGGACAUAAAUGACAGUGAUUACCGAAACAGGAUACAUUCCAUAGAAAAUGACUAAUCUGAAUCGAUAGAACAUGUUAGAACUUAGAAGGUUUUAGAACAGGUUAGUAAAUAUGACAGGACAGAAAAGAACGGGCAUAAAAUAUUUUUGGUCGGGUUAGGACAGAAUAGGACAGGACAGGAUAGUACAGGACAGUCGACUGAAAAGAAAACAUGGGUUCUUGUGGACUAGUUUUUUAUUUGAAGAUGUGAAGAAAAAAAACAAAAAGUAUGAUAUUUACUAGCGUUAUCUCUUUAUUAUUAGGUCUGAUGGUUAAGGGGGAUGGAGGGAUGAUAUUAGAUGGAGUAGAGUAUGUAGAUUACACGCAGACAUUCAUAAAUAAAACAUUCAAGAUUGAAUAUCAUGGAGAAGGCCAAGGAAUGAGAACAGGUUGGAUGUUGACAGGACACAGUUACGGCAGGAUUACAGAUCAAUCAUCAGUAAGAUGGAAUGGAUAUGGAGAGGUAGUGUACGGAAAGAAUUGUGGAGAUGAUCUGUGCUUAGAGUCGGCAGAUGAUUCAUUCUACUUUCUUCAAACCUUUCCCCAAUCCAGAAUGGUUUGGAGACCCAGCUUCUAUGGACUAACAAGUGCUUGCAUGUUUCGUAUUUUGUGUGCUGGGUCCCCUUUCUCAGGAGGAAGAUGUCAAAUCAAAUCUCUAAGAUCUUACAAUAAAACUAUUUUACUCAGGGUUUAUGAUGUGUAUGUUGUAUGGUGUGAAGCCACGGAUUGCUGGUAUGGAACUUCAAAUUCAUUUUGGACAUUUACGCCUUACUUUACACCCUGAUUAAUUAUAUAGAUAUUAAAUAAGAAUGCCAUACUUUAUGAAUUCAUGACUCCAAGCCGUGUGACUGUUUUCUACAGUGAGAACUAGAAAACUCUGGAAUAAAAUGACGACUUUAAGACUUAAGUUAAAUCUUCAUAUAGUACUUUAAAAUAUAAAAAAAUAAAUGGUUCAAUUUGGCCCAGUUUAGUAUUGACAAAUGGUAUGUUUUGAAAUGUUAAACAAACAAAAUACAUGAUUGAA